AUGUUAGAACAAGAUAUCGUAACCAUUCUGAUACAGUCUCCAAUAGGCAACUCAACUAGCCUACCCUGCUCGAACUGCACCAAGUCUAAGAAAGAAUGCAAAGCCGGAUCAUUCUUCCUAUUUCGCCCAGGCAUCAAGUCCAAAACCUCCAAGACCUCAAAAACAAGAGAUAAAACUCGUCGAAAUCGAAGUACAACAUUACCACUUACAGAGAACAACUCUGAUAGUUUAGAGACAUCCUUACCUUCAAAUACUGCCUUGUAUCUUGGCUCCUCUUCAUCAAGAGGUCCACAGGCUCUGACACUGACCCGAGAACAAACAUCUGUGCUGAGUUCGAUCGACAAUGACCAAACUUACCAGAAUCCGAGCAAUAUCCCACUUAGCAUCAACGAGCUUCUUUGUAGCGAGAUUGAUGGUACCCUGCCCAGUGGAGACUGCACUACACCGCCUUUCAUAGUGAAGCCCGGUUCCCUCUAUCUUGAUCGUCCGAUCGGACAAGCUAUUGACCACCGCGGAGCGGAGCUCUUACUCCACUUCAAGACAGUCAUAGCGAAACCAUGGUUCGAAGUCACAGAUCCUGACUUCACCAACGAAGCUCUUCGACGAGCCCCGAGAUGUCCUCUCCUUCUCUACUCAUUACUUGCUGUCUCCAGUAGCCACAAAAGUUGGUUCUUGGACGACCCUGACAUCGCUCAGGACUAUGCGAGAUAUGGAGAAGAAUAUCAUGAGAAAUGCAUUAGUUUAUUGCUGCCUAUGCUCAAUGACAGUGAAAGUAUUACGGACGGUGCAUUUUUAGCAUGCUCUACCAUCCUCCGAUGGUAUGAGGAGCUCAGUGCACCUAUCCACGGGAGAGAUGAUGCAAGACAUUUGUUGGGAGGCUACGCAUCAGUCGCUGAGUCGUUCAGACAAGAUCUGCCUUGGGAAGGGUUCCGACAGGCAGCACUGUGGAUUCACCUGCGCCAGGAUAUUUUCAAUGCUGUCAUUAACCAGAGGGUACCCAGAACUAACGUCAACCGACUGGGAAUCGAUCGCAGUUCCUCACCCACAGACGAAACAACUUGGGCCAAGCGAGUACUCUGUCUUGAGGCCGAGGUCGUUGAAUACUGCUUUAGCCACGAAGGAUCAUCAAUUCAACGGUAUACAUCCCUCGAAGUCCGCUUGGAGGAUUGGGACCGUCAGAAACCACAAACUUUCACGCCAGUCUUUUACCAAGAGCGUGAUCCAUCUCAAGGAGUAUCAUUUCCCAUCGUUUCUGUGCUCCUAGAUAGUUGUGUAUUUGCUUUGAGCCAUUACUAUUUCGCCAUGCUUAUGAUGCUCGUCCAUGAUCCCCGCAUGCCGAAAGUUGGUACUCAGUACCUAGAAUGUCAGAAGGAAAUCAGAAUAAAAAUACUACAUUUCCUGAGAUUACUGUGUGGUCUCGCCUCUUCAAGUCCGGUUCCGCCUGCCAGAGGGAUGACGUGCCUGGCCCUUUCGCUAUUCGGGUCAUGGAUCACAGAUCACGCGGAACGAGAUGCGGCGAUAAAUGUCUUGAGGAAUGUCGACCAAGAAGAUGCCUGGCCAACAUCAAGUUUGCGACAAGACUUAAGGGCUCAGUGGGAAAGCAGGGACUAG